GUGCAGUCCCGGAACCUGGCAGAGCAGCCUCGCCCUCCGCAGGUCGCCUGUCUCACUGUCCAGACGUCCUGUGCAGGAUCUCAGUGCAGAGAUUCGUGGCAACUAGUCUCCAUCCCCCUGGGGCCGCUGCAGGGUUUCUCGUUCUGGCCCCCACAGCUCCCAGCUUGUGUGCUCCCCUCACCAUGUGGCUGUCCAUGGUGGCCCUCGUGGGCCUCUACUAUCUCCUGCGCUGGUACUGGGAGAGGCAGGUGGUGAGCCACCUCCAGGACAAGUACGUCUUCAUCACGGGCUGCGACUCGGGCUUCGGGAACCUGCUGGCCAGGCAGCUGGACCUGCGAGGCUUGAGGGUGCUGGCCGCGUGUCUGACGGAGGAGGGGGCCCAGCAGCUGAGAGGCCAGACGUCAGACAGGCUGGAGACGGUGAUCCUGGACGUCACCAAGACAGAGAGCAUCUCUGCGGCCGCCCAGUGGGUGAAGGAGCGUGUGGGGGACAGAGGACUCUGGGGCCUGGUGAAUAAUGCUGGCAUCUCUGUGCCCACGGCACCCAAUGAGUGGCUGACCAAGCAUGACUUCAUGAAGAUACUUGACGUGAACCUGUUGGGGUUGUUGGAGGUGACGCUGAGCCUGCUGUCCCUAGUGAGGAAGGCGAGGGGCCGCGUGGUCAAUGUCUCCAGCAUCAUGGGCCGGCUGUCCCUUUUUGGUGGGGGCUACUGCAUCUCCAAGUAUGGCGUCGAGGCCUUCUCGGACUCCCUCAGGAGGGAGCUCUCCUACUUUGGAGUGAAGGUAGCUAUGAUUGAGCCUGGUUACUUCAACACUGAUGUCACCAACCCUGAGAAGAUUUCUAGGGCUACCCAAGAGGCAUGGGACCGGCUCAGCCCGGAGGUGAAGGAGCUCUAUGGGGAGAAGUUCCUGGCAUCUGUCAAGAAAUCAGUUGAAAAGCUGAAGCCAACAUGUUGCAACAAUCUGUACUUGGUGACGAACUGCAUGGAACAUGCCCUGACAGCCUGCCACCCCCGCACCCGAUACUCCCCAGGCUGGGAUGCUAAGCUCUUCUACAUCCCCAUGAGCUACAUGCCCACCUUGCUGGUGGACGCCAUGAUCUACUGGAGUUCUCCGAGACCCGAUAAGGCUCUGUAACCCAAGCCUGGGGUGCAUGGUAGGAGGGAGUUGUGUCCUAUGUGAGGGUGGGGAUGCCUCAGGGGGGAGAGAGAGGUGGAAAGAGGGGGAUCUCAUGUCACCAAGGACACCCAUCUCACCUUCCUCCCCACCUCCUCCUCAGGCUUUCCUGGGAUAUGCCUCAGGAUUCUGGAGAUAUCAGGAGGAAAGAACCAAGUUUCAUGGCUGAGGAACAGGGACCCAAUAGCACACACACAUGCCCUGUUCCUUGAAUGGCUUCUAAAGGCUCUGAGCUUUUUUGGCACUCCUGCCACCUUGAGGAAUCCAUACUCUUGGCAGAGUGUCAGCAGCAGGGAGGUCUCAGCCCCCACCUGCUCUACCUCUGUCCCCCUACUCAGGGUGUCCCCCUCCCACAGGAUGGACAUAGCCUGGGGGAGUUAAUGCCCCUCUCCACUGAAGAUACCUAAUGCCAGAACAGAUGUGAAUGGGGACGACCAGCCAGACCCAUUAGCCUGAGGAGCCAACUCACAGACCUUGGUUAAAAGGACAUGUCUAUAAUCAGACACAGAGGACACAGAAACCAGCUACUGGGGCGCCUGGGUGGCUCAAUCGGUUAAGCGUCUGCCUUCAGCUCAGGUCAUGAUCUCAGGGUCCUGGGAUCAAGCCCCUGUGU